AUGAGUGAAGAUCGCUGUGAACAACAGGAAAAGGAAAAGAAGUGGCGGAAAAUACUGUAUGAACGACAACCGUUUGAAGAUGAAUACAGUGGUGGUAGUGAGUUUCUGAAGGAGCUGAGAACAAAUAUAACAGUGGUGGAAUAUUCAUUUGUGGAAGCAAUAUGUGGUGCUAGUCUUGUCAUGCUUCACACCAAUGCUAUUGUAUUUUAUUAUUUGAUGUUCGAUUCCAUUAAAAAUAGUUCCAUAAGUUCCGUUCAGCAUUUUUCCUUGAUAUUCGCAAUUGCCUUGGCGCUGUAUACCGCUUAUUUGUAUAUGAUCAGACCGAGAAAUCUUCGAGAUCAUGUCUACACUUUCAUCACACUUCUUUGCUUUGGCUAUAUGUUGACACCUAUUAUUAGGACACUGACGGAUACAAUUAGUACUGAUACCAUAUAUGCUAUGUCUUUCAUACUCUUUCUCACGAGUUUUGUUUUCCAUGACUACACAAUGGUUGCACCAUUGGUUUCAACGAUAUUAUCGGUCAACCUUUCUUUAGCAGCAUCAGUUUGUUUGGUUUCUCGAGUAUCGUCGAACGAAUCUGCAUUUGGUCUUCUGGCUCUUUCUAUGCUUCUUUUCUCGUACUGGCCACAAAUGCGUAAUUGCAUUACAUCAGCAUUCCUGCUCACUCAGCAUCCUAUACUUACUUGUACUAAUGUUUGUUCUCCUAAUUUGUCCAUCAAUUCUGAUGAUAAUACAACCGUGGAAAAGAUGUAUUUCAGUACAAAACAUGGACCAUGGGACGAGGCAAUAGCAACCUUCGAGUGA